AGUAGUGACUUAAAUGAGACACAGAUCAAUGGAAGUUGAAAUUUAACUGCUGGCUGAGCAACGACCAGUCUUUUGCACAAGAGAAUUCUGGCAACACUAUCUUUUGUAGAAAGAAUAACAAAAAGGAUAACAUAUUUCUUAUAUAACCGAAACCAGGCUUGUUUGGACAUGGAAAUCCAUCUGCUUGCACUCAUGUGGAUCUGUCUCUGCGGAGAAGGACUGACUCAAUCAGAGAUACCUGACCAGAACGUACCGCUCGCUCCGACUGCAGGCCCCACAUUAGAGCCUCAUUUCCCUGAUGCAGCCAACACUGACGUCCCAAACAGAGCUUCGUCUGACGAGGAGACAGAGGAGGGAUGCGAAUCACUGGGCCACAGUCCUCAAUCUAAGGAGGCCUUAGCUAAAGCCAUUCUGAGACUGGGCAUGCGGGUCCUGGAGAACCUGAAGACGACCCCCGAGCAGCCCAAUGUGAUCGUGUCCCCUCUCAGCAUAUCCCUGGCUCUCUCCCAGCUGGCUCUGGGUUCGGUGAAUGAAACAGAGGAGCUUCUGAUGCGCCAUCUCCAUGACAACACGUUGGCGUGCUACCACCAGUCGCUACACAACCUUUUGGGCCAGCUGAAGGACAGCGACCUGCAACUGGCCACUCGUAUCUUCCUAAAACCAGGGUUUCAGCCAAGGUCAGAGUUUAUCCAGGAAUCUUUGCGAAUGUAUGACUCAGAGCCAGUGCCCUUGGAAAGUCUUAAAGAGGUCAACGAGUGGGUGGAGAAGGCCACAAAUGGCUUCAUGUCCGACUUCCUGUCCAGCCUACCGCCCAACCUAGUUCUUAUGCUCAUCAAUGCUGUACACUUUAAAGGCGAGUGGAAGAAUCGCUUUGAUUCACGCUUUACCUCAAGAGGAGUUUUUUACAUCGAUGAAAACCACAUUGUGGAUGUUGACAUGAUGGAAGGUGCCAAACACCCGCUGAGCCUUUUAAGUGACUAUGACCUGGAAGCUCAGGUGGCUCGGUUUCCAUUCAGGAACAUGAUGAGUCUGUUGGUGGUGUUGCCCACGUCUGGCCAUGUGAACAUGUCCACCCUGGCAGCCAAGCUGAACAUAUCUGACCUGUAUGAUCGCCUCCCUAAAGAGAGGGCUAUGCAAGUCAAACUCCCCAAGUUCAAACUGCAAUACACUCAGGAGUUACAGGAGACUCUGACUAGCAUGGGUCUAGGAGAGCUGUUUGUCGGUCCUAACCUGGCAGGGAUAUCAGAGGGCCCCCUGCUGGUGUCUAGUGUUCAUCACAGGACUAGCAUGGAGAUAAACGAGGAGGGAGCCGAGGCAGCCGCAGCCUCCUCCGUAGGCAUCUCACGCUCCAAUCCCUCUUUCAAUCUCAACCAGCCUUUCUUUUUCGCUCUAAUGGAUGACAUGACACAAGCGCCAAUCUUCCUGGGUGUCAUCACCAACCCCAAUCCGGAAGCGCCGGUGUUGCAAAGAGGAGGAUCUGGCAACAAGGAUAAAUUUGAGUAUCCUAUUGACAAGAAUCUUGGUGGACGCUCCUUUGGCGGCCCGCCUAAGUAGGAUGAAUCCUUUUUCUCUGUGGGCUGAGAGUGAGACUACAGUCGACCAUGAACUGAACUGCUGUCUGACAGAGUGUUCAGACAAGCCUCUCAGGAGCACAACAUCGUAACUGAAGAGGUUUAAGUCAACCGUUAUAGUGAGUUAUAGUGAACAGAAGAAGCAUGUCAAAGAUAAAUGGCAUCUUUUUUAUUUUUUAUGCCUUUUCCCCCUACUGAAUCCUGCUCUUGAUCAAUCCCUUAAAUGCGCAGGAAUAAGUUUGUAAAAGUUGGAUCCGUUUGCUCUCUAACAUUUUGAUGAGGAGGUAGUUGGUGUAAAAAAGUCAUAUUUCUACUGCUGUGACUUCUUGUCACAGAUUGAUUGUACAUAAAUCAGAUUGUUUGCAAAGUUUCUGGGUGAAUAAGUGACCAAAUAAAGAGGAGCAGCUA